UUAUAUACAAAAUAGGGACUUUUACGUGUACAAGGAAGGCCUGCUAUUUCAUAUGAUGAUCAAGGGCUUGUUUUUGCAAUUGCCUUUGGAGGAUACAUAAGAAUGUUUGAUGCUCGCAAGUAUGAAAAAGGUCCCUUUGAGAUCUUUUCUGUUGGGAGAGAUAUUUCUGAUGCAAAUACAAUGAAAUUUAGUAACGAUGGGAGACUCAUGCUUUUAACAACUGCAGAUGGGCAUAUUCAUGUUCUUGAUUCAUUUCGUGGUACACUUUUAUCAACAUAUAAUAUCAAACCUGUCUCGUGCAACUCCACGUUAGAAGCUUCUUUCAGUCCAGAGGGAAUGUUUGUAAUAUCAGGUAAGCACUUUUUACAUCAAUGGAAAAUUGUCAGUUCAUGAUUCACUUGUUCGUGC